GUUAUUAUUUACGACAAUAUGUAUAUUGCGUGAAAUUUUUAACCCUUGCAUUCUACUCAAAAUAUUUUACGAUAUCUUAUUGUGAUAUUGUUAUUAAAAAUAUACAUUACAUAUGACGUAUAUGGUACACAAUGAGCAAGUGAAAGAUAUGAUUUAAAUUUACAAUUAUAUCCGAUGUGAAAUAUUUUAUCGCCAUACUUUUCGCUAUAACUGACAAGUUUUAUAAACGCUGCUAUAAAAAUGAAACAAAAUACUUGAAACAUCUGUACGUGCGGUAAUAUAAUUGUAUAAUCGGUACGAACUGCCGCAAAAUUGAUGUGACAAGAAAUCAAUUAUCAUAAGUACUUGGCAUUUUUUUAAUUAAUGUCGCAAUAUACACAAGGUAUCACAAAAGAACGUUAAUGAAAUCACUUCUGACCAUUUUCUGUUUGUUCCCACUGCGUUCUCCGUCGAGAUCUCCAACGCUGUAGUUUCGAGAACAACAAUUAUCGAUCAGCCAUGCAGAAGUCUCUCUUCGGAAGUAUUUCACUUUGUUCGUUCAUGGAAGCUUCGCUCUAAAGAUUCGCGCAGGCGCUCAUACAAAUAUAGCUCCAGCCGAAGCACUACCGCAUCGCCAGUGCAUCGUGCGCCUUCGCGAAGCGAUCAUGACGGCUUCUGAGCGCGUGUUAAGCAACACGGGAAUCACGUGCAAGAGCAACAAUGAUUACAGUCUCCAACUUACUCGUUGGUUCCUUAUGCCGAUCGGCAUUUGGCCGCGCACGACCACGACGACGAGGAUGGCUAGACUUUCGUCGCAUGCGCAUAUUCUCACCUGCUCCAGCUUGAUAGCGAUCAUUGCAGUGCCGUGUUUAUUGUACGUGUCGUUGGAAGAGAAGGAUGUUCAAGUAAAGAUUAGCAUCUUCGGCCCGCUGAGCCACUGGUUCAUGGGCAUGAUCAAUUAUUGGCUGUUAGUCGCACACGGUGACGACAUCCAGGAAUGCGUGCGGCACAUGGAGGCGGACUGGCGACUUGUGCAGAAGAUCGAGGAUCAAGAAGUGAUGCUGCGACACGCCAGGAUCGGUCGCUUCGUCUCUGGAUUUUGCGCGGUGUUCAUGCAGAGCGGCACUUUUCUCUUCAGCAUAGCCAAGUCGCUCACCACCACGAUCGUCGUCGUCGGCAACGAGACUGUGUCGAUGCAUCCGAUGACCUGUCCGAUUUACAAUAAGUUCAUCGACGUGAGAUUUAGUCCAGCGAAUGAGAUCAUGAUAGUAGUCCAGUUGCUAUCGUGCUUCGUAGUGAAUUCAGUCACGGUAGGAGCCUGCAGCCUCGACGCGGUCUUCGCUAUGCACGCGUGCGGCCAGCUGAACAUGCUGUUUUCGUGGUUAAACGGACUCGUCGUGGAUAGAAAUGAGGGGGGAUCAGCCGAUCAAAGGCUGGCUCUUAUCGUGGAACAUCAUUUGAGGGUAUUGAGUUUUAUAUCGCGUAUGGAGAAUGUCAUGCAACAUGUCUGUCUUGUAGAAUUGUUGGGGUGUACGAUGAAUAUGUGUUUACUUGCAUAUUAUUUUAUUACGAAUUGGAAUACAUUUGACGCACCGAAAACAAUGUCAUACGUCAUUAUUUAUCUAUCUAUGGCUUUUAAUAUUUUUAUAUUCUGUUACAUCGGCGAAAUUCUCACGGAACAGUGCAGAAGUGUUGGCGAAAAGGCAUAUAUGAUUAACUGGUACGAAUUACCACACAAGACUGCUUUCGGACUUGUUUUGAUAAUAUUACGAUCGAGUAACGUUAUCAAGAUGACUGCUGGAAAAUUAUUUCAAUUAUCAAUCGCAACUUUCGGUGAUGUAAUUAAGACGUCCAUGGUAUAUUUGAAUAUGUUGCGAACGAUGACACCCUCCAUUUGUGUGUGAAUAUAUUGUAGCUUUAGCAAAGAAAUUUAAUAUGGCUUAAUACUUAAUUCCAUAUUUUAUAUGGAAUUAAGAUGUGUGGUACCAUCUACCAAGUAGAAAACAGUAUUUAAUAAACAAUAGAAACAAGUGAUUACAAUAUAGCUUUUAGAGCCGAAUUAUUCACGA